UUUAUUGAUAAUUAAUUUGUUUUAUUUUUAGGAUCCACCAUGUUUUUGAAGUCCAUCGAUGCUUCCUCACAUGUCAAAAAUGCGGCAUACUUAUGUGAGGCUAUUGAGGAAGUUAUAGAUGAGGUGGGGGAAGAAAAUGUGGUGCAAGUGGUGACGGAUAAUGCAGCAAGUUAUGUUGCUGCAGGAAAACUUUUGAUGGAGAGGCACCCAAAAAUCUUUUGGUCUCCAUGUGCGGCCCAUUGCCUUGACCUCAUGCUGGAGGAUAUAGGUAAGCUUGGAUGGGUGAAAGAAUGCGUUGAAAGGGCCAAGAAUAUAUGCAAAUUUAUUUACAAUCAUGCAUUGGUCCUUAGCAUUAUGAGGCAAUACACGGGGGAAAGGGAGUUGGCUCGUCCUGGUAUAACGAGAUUUGCCUCAAAUUUCCUCACAUUGAAAUCCUUGUUAAAAUCAAAGGCAUCUUUGAGGCGCAUGUUUGUUGGUGAGGAGUGGACUUCCUCAUCCUAUGCUACGACCACUGCAGGGAUGGAUGUAGUAGAUUGCAUUUUUGAUGAGCCAGGUUUUUGGAUCCCUUGUGCAGAGAUCGUGCAGGUCACUGAGCCCCUAGUAGUUCUCCUACGAGUUGUUGAUGGGGAGAAGCCCGCUAUGGGCUACAUAUAUGAGGGCAUGGAUAGGGCCAAGGAGGCCAUUAGAUCCAUAUAUGCUGGAGUUGAGGAUAAGUAUAGGCCCAUUUGGGACAUAAUUGAUAGAAGAUGGCAUAACCAACUUCAUAGGCCCAUCCAUGCAGCAGCUUAUUACCUCAAUCCAUCAUUUCGUUUCCGUGUUGAUUUCAAAGCGGAUGAGGAGGUUCUUAGCGGGCUAUAUUCAAUAGUACAACGGAUGGUCACUGAUACCACAGCUACACUUCUUGAGAUGGAUGCAUUUAAUAAUGCAUCAGGGGCAAUCUUUGCCAGCCAAUUGUGCAAAGAGGGUCGGACAAAAUUGCAGCCAGGUAGAAAAUUCUAAAGUUUAUGACAUGCAUUUUAAUUUUUCAUUUUAUAAUCUACCUUUAAAGUUGGAAAUGAGACUAAUGUUUUUUUCUUUUCCUUAUCUCAGAUAGAUGGUGGCAAAUGUUUGGGCCUUCAACCCCAAACCUUCAAAAAAUUGCCAUCCGCAUAUUGAGCCAGCCGUGCAGCGCUUCUGGAUGUGAGCGCAACUGGAGCAUGU